CAGACUUUUUGGAAUGUCUGGGAGCUAAGGGCUUUGCUUCAUGGAGCAGAAUUCUGAAGCAAGAAAAAGAGAAAGUUAUAGACUAAACCACAGAAAUGUAAACAAGUCUGCAGCUAAAAUAACUCCACUUUCAUUGAAAACACUGCUCCUUCACAAUCAGACUUCUGUGUGCUACGGUCAAUAAAACGGCAUGUUAAUAGCGACCAAUUAAUAGAUUAUGUUGCUCGGUCUUAAAAGUUGAGGGAGUUUUAAUUAUUAUUUUUCAAAUUAAAGGAGUGCUUAUUCCUUCCCUUCCCUUGGGGUGGUGGGGAGGACUUAGCUUUCUUUCUGGCUGUUUGCUGACGUUCUUGGCUGUUAAAGUUUGGAGAGGGAGGGAGAUGGGUAGUUCGCCUUCGGGCGGAAUAGGGAGAGCUUUCGGGAGGGCGCCGGGGACGUUUUCCUAGAGAUCGCGCGCGGGGACCGUCGCGCCGGCCCACGGGACCGGGGGGAGAUCGGCGGCACCAGGUUAUCCGAGGUCUUUGGUGACCCAUGAAGAGCGGUGUCGAUCAAGCACAAGGCCAAUGACUCACAGAGGGAGAAGAUGGUGGGGCCCAGGGCAACUAAAGCCGUCCCGGGCUCUGCACGGCUGGUAGAUGGGCCGGCUCACUGAAGGACAUGAGUCAGACUGUCCCGGACCCUGCAGCGCAUAUCAAGGAAGCGCUAUCAGUUGUGAGCGAGGACCAGUCAUUAUUUGAGUGUGCCUACGGAACGCCGCACCUGGCUAAGACAGAGAUGACCGCGUCCUCCUCCGGCGACUAUGGCCAGACUUCCAAGAUGAGCCCGCGGGUCCCUCAGCAGGACUGGCUGUCUCAACCCCCCACCAGGGUCACCAUCAAGAUGGAAUGCCACCCUAGCCAGGUGAACGGCUCCAGGAACUCGCCUGAUGAAUGCAGCGUGGCCAAAGGCGGGAAGAUGGUGGGCAGCCCGGACACGGUGGGCGUGAACUACAGCAACUACAUGGAGGAGAAGCACAUGCCGCCUCCCAACAUGACCACCAACGAGCGCAGGGUGAUCGUGCCCGCAGACCCGACACUGUGGAGCACAGACCACGUCCGGCAGUGGCUGGAGUGGGCGGUGAAAGAAUACAGCCUCCCGGAUGUGGACGUCUUACUGUUCCAGAACAUCGACGGGAAGGAGCUGUGCAAAAUGACUAAGGACGACUUCCAGAGGCUCACCCCGAGCUACAACGCUGACAUCCUCCUCUCUCACCUCCACUACCUCAGAGAGACUCCUCUUCCACAUUUGACUUCCGAUGAUGUUGAUAAAGCCUUACAAAACUCUCCGCGGUUAAUGCAUGCUAGAAACACAGGGGGUGCAGCUUUUAUUUUCCCAAAUACUUCAGUAUAUCCCGAAGCUACGCAAAGAAUUACAUCUAGGCCAGAUUUACCUUACGAGCCUCCCCGGAGGUCAGCCUGGACCGGUCACGGCCACCCCGCCCCUCAGUCCAAAGCUGCUCAGCCGUCUCCUUCCGCAGUGCCCAAAACUGAAGAUCAGCGCCCCCAGUUAGACCCUUAUCAGAUCCUUGGACCAACAAGCAGCCGCCUUGCUAAUCCAGGUAGUGGUCAGAUCCAGCUGUGGCAGUUCCUCCUGGAGCUCCUAUCUGACAGCUCCAACUCCAACUGCAUCACCUGGGAGGGUACCAACGGGGAGUUCAAGAUGACGGACCCCGACGAGGUGGCCCGGCGCUGGGGAGAGCGCAAGAGCAAGCCCAACAUGAACUACGACAAGCUCAGCCGCGCCCUCCGCUACUACUAUGACAAGAACAUCAUGACCAAAGUCCACGGGAAGCGCUAUGCCUACAAGUUUGACUUCCAUGGGAUCGCCCAGGCCCUGCAGCCCCAUCCCCCCGAGUCGUCCCUCUACAAGUAUCCCUCGGACCUCCCGUACAUGGGCUCCUACCACGCUCACCCACAGAAGAUGAACUUCGUGGCUCCCCACCCUCCAGCCCUCCCCGUCACCUCCUCCAGCUUCUUCGCUGCCCCCAACCCCUACUGGAAUUCCCCGACCGCGGGCAUCUACCCGAACACUCGGCUUCCAGCCAGCCACAUGCCUUCCCACCUGGGCACUUACUACUAGGCACCCCACGGAGGCCUUUCCCGCCAUCGCGCCACCACCACGGAUGCCACAAACUCUAUGGGACAACAGGGAUCAGAAGUGCCUCAAGGGGGUGGAGAAGCUCGGCUGGGGCUGGGAAAAGGAACCAGGAGAGUCCUGAAGACUCACAGUGGGGAGGGAGUUACUAAAGUAUUACUACAGACCUAAAGAGGGUGCUCGGAGUGGGACAAACAUGGACAUGUCACCUGCGGGCCAACCUUGCCGAGGACGUUGUGGGUAGAAGCAUGAAGUCAAGAGGAGGAGUGCCAAAGAACAUGGCCUUAAAUAGAGUAGAGACCGUAGAGUAGAGGUUGGGGUCCUGCUCAUGAGGCCUGGGAUGCAACUCAAGCAAUAGAGGUAACACAGUCUUGGCCUAUCACACCGUUUAGAGUGUCAUGGAAGGAAAACUACCUGUAUUUAAAAAUAGAAACAUAUCAAAACCAAAACAAAACCAGAAGACCAGAGAGAGACUGGCCCCCUCCCCGAAGCUGGUAUGGGACUUUGAGCGCUUGCUGUUUUGGUUGGAAUCACAUUCAUUCCCUGCAAUGGGAAGCAAGCAGCUCUCUCCAACUGUGAAGAUGACCAGUUUCCAUCUCCUUUACAGUACUGCAGGAACUGUGAGCCAGGUGUUGGACUGAGGAUGUGAAUAGAGUGAGUGUGUGGUGGUAGACAAAGAGCGGAAGGAGGAAGUUGAGGAGGAGGAGGAAAGAAGUGAGAAGAAACUUCUCUGGGUUUAGGACACUUUGAGACCAGGGAGAGUGAGUCGUGGGUUCUCGUGGUCUGAUACAGUCAGUGUUGUACCAAAGCCAGUGUUAGGAGGAAGAACAUAGCCUCAUGGAGGGAGGGCGGAAGUAGAAUUCAGGACCAAAAAUGUGCAUCUCUUUUUAUCUUUGUCAAAAGAAAAUUUAAACUGGAAUUGUCUGAUAUUUAAAAGAAACGUUCAGGACCUCAGCAUUACGGGGGCUCUGUCCCCACAGGGUCAGGUAAGAGACAGCCUCUGUGCCGUCACAAUCAGAGAUCACAUAUGCAUUUGGGGUAGGCGGGCUCCAGUUUUCCUUUUUGAGUCGCGAACGCUGUGCGUUUGUCAGAACGAAGUAUACAAGUCAAUGGGUUUUUUUUCCUUUUUAUAUAAUAAUUAUAUAACUUAUGCAUUUAUACACUACGAGUUGAUCUCGGCCAGCCAAAGACACAUGACAAAAAAAAGAGACAAUCAAUGGUAUAAUGUGGCCUUGAAUUUUAACUCUGUAUGCUUAAUGUUUACAAUAUGAAAUUAUUAGUUCUUAGAAUGCAGAAUGUAUGUAAUAAAAUAAGCUUGGCCUAGCAUGGCAAAUCAGAUUUACACAGGAGUCUGCAUUUGCACUUUUUAGUGACAAAAAUUGCCUAAUAGAAAUUUGUGCUGAA